GGCUUCCGCCGAUGCACGCUUACCCGAUCUAGCGGUAGUAACCAGCCAUGGCUUCCGCCUCUUCUCUGUUCUCGUCCUUCGCUUUGUUUCUUGUCAUGCUCAUGGUUCGGAGGUCCUCGGCUCAGUAUCCAGCCAUGACGCUGACGGUGGUGAACAACUGUCCGUUCACGGUGUGGCCGGCGAUCCAGCCGAACUCCGGCCACGAUGUGCUCGAGCGCGGCGGGUUCGCCCUCCCGACGGUGACCCACCGCUCCUUCCCGGCGCCUACCCAACACUGGUCCGGCCGCAUCUGGGCCCGGACCGGGUGCACUUACGCCAACGGUCGCUUCUCCUGCGCCACCGGUGACUGCGGCGGCCGCCUCGAGUGCGGAGGCCUGGGCGGCGCCGCCCCCGCCACGCUAGCGCAGGUCACCCUCCACCACGGCGGCCAACAGGACCUCAGCUCCUACGGCGUCAGCCUGGUCGACGGAUUCAACGUGGGGAUGACGGUGACGCCGCACGAGGGGAAGGGGCGGUGCCCGGUGGUGGGGUGCCGCGAGAACCUUCUCGCCACGUGCCCGGACGUGCUGCAGCUGCGGGCUCCGGCGGGAGGCGGCCAAGUGGUGGGGUGCAAGAGCGGGUGCCAGGCGUUCGGCACCGACGAGCUCUGCUGCCGGAACAUGUACAACAGCCCCCGCACGUGCCGCGCGAGCAGCUACUCGGAGUUCUUCAAGCACGCGUGCCCCGCCACCUUCACCUACGCCCACGACAGCCCCUCGCUCACCCACGAGUGCGCCGCCCCGCGGGAGCUCAAGGUCAUCUUCUGUCACUGAUCCAGAUAAACCACUACUGUAGCCAACAUCUUCCUUUGCUUAGAUCUAUGACUGUAGCGACUCAUGUACCACUGUCGUCUCUCUUUCUCUCGUGUUCCAUCUCUUUGGUUGCUCGUUUGCUUGUUAAACCGUGAAUCCUCUUUGUGGGCUA